AUGGCCAAGGACACAUCCGGCUCCUCGAGCGCCGCAGGCUCUCCCCGUGUUCCGCCGCCGUGCGAGAAUGGAGAUGGGGAGAGCAACGAGUUGUCGGCGUUGGAAGCGCAGCAACUGAACCCCUCCCCACCAAAUGUACCGCAGGAUGCUUCAUCCAGGAGCAGUUCCACCAAGCCUCGAGCUGAACAUAUGAAUACGUCGGAUAUACGCGCCGCCGAAUCGCAACCGAUGACAGCAUCCAAUUCGAACUCCUCAAAUCCAUCAGCGGGGGUUGCUACCGGUUCUGCCGCUCCGUAUGGCACCCGAUCGCGCAACAGGACAGGGACAUCGCGCCCAAAUUAUGCUGAGGAUAAGGAGAUCGAUGCGGAGCUGGAGAUUGCACCGCCUGUCAAGGACAUUGUAGUGCGCAAGGCGGCACGAGGCACUGAGGCAGCCGUGUCAAAUGCGUCCGAUGUUAGCAAGUCCUCAAAUCCGGCUCGAAAGUCCCAUGGUUCAGAACCAGAACAGACCACCACAGUGCAGAGCCAUCACAAGGAGCCAAUUCCAGGGACCUCUACUUUCUCCGCAAAACCAACUGCCACGACCGUUUCCAACACAUCCUCCAAGAAAAGGAAAGCCAAUAGCCAGCAAACAGCGACGGCUUUCUCGCAAGCUCUAGGACCGGCACCCCCGGUCCAGGCUAUAACUCGGCGAACCAGUAUGGCCGCACAAGUUUCUGGCGGCUUCCGACAGUCAAAUAUGCUCACCUUUGAAAAGUGCGGAGGAAGGCUACAAGACAAGAAGCUCGCGGCAGACGAUGGGACAUUUCUGGAGGUCAACGACCACGUAUAUCUUGUUUGCGAGCCACCCGGAGAACCUUACUAUCUAGGUCGAAUUAUGGAAUUUCUCCAUAUCAAUAAUGACAAUACACAGCCAAUUGAUGCCCUACGAUUAAAUUGGUACUAUCGACCAAAGGAUAUCGGCCGUAGGGUUAACGAUACCCGCCAAGUCUUUGCAUCGAUGCAUUCUGACAUCAAUCCGCUCACUGCGCUUCGCGGAAAGUGUGUUAUUAAGCAUAAAAGUGAAGUAGACAAAUUAGACGACUUGAGGAAAACAAAGGAUAGUUUUUGGUAUGAAAAGCUAUACGAUCGCUACAUACAUCGUUUCUACGAUGUUAUCCCCACCAAACAGGUUAUCAACGUUCCAACGGAAGUCAAAAAGGUCCUCGAUGAACGUUGGAAGUACAUUGUCGUGGAACCGGGACGUGGCAGAGAGCUGACCAGUGCGGUCAAAUCUUGUAAAAGAUGUAGUAAAUAUUGUGCAAGCAAUGAUUCCGUCGAUUGUGCCGUGUGCCGGAACACCUAUCACAUGAGCUGUGUGAAUCCUCCAUUGCUAAAGAAACCAUCGCGCGGUUUCGCAUGGGCUUGUGGCCCUUGUAGUAAAGCGCAGGAGAAGAAACUCGAGGCUCGAAAUACUCCAAAUGUUACGGACGCCGAUGACGGCGAGAACAAUGACGAGGAGUAUGACUCCCCGACUGCGGCUGAUGAUCACCUCGACACCGGUCGAACCAGCCCAACUGCGCCCAGUAGCGUGGAAUUGUCUGUUCAUCCUGGAACGGCGGAACAGAUCCACCAGGCAAGCUUAUGGCUCUUCCGAUACCUCGGGAUACAUUGUAAGGUGGAAGACGCACUAGAUUAUGAUGAUAGGAUAUAUCCUAGAGCCAGCUCCCGUCUUGGUCCACGUCAUCAGGCAAACGUCCCGGCCUGGCCUGGCCGGCCUGUGGUGUACGUCAAGCCUAUCGAAAUCAAGAAGAAGUAUAUGAAAGGCAGCGGUUAUAAGAAGGAUACGAAACUCUCGAAGGAUACAAUCACUGCUCUAGAGGCCGAGAAGCUUGCACGAGAAAAGCGUCCAAGAUGGGUGAUGGAUGAACCCUUUGGUUAUGUCCAUCGAGGAGAGGAUUACGACAAUGAUGAUCCAAACAACACUGCUCAGCUACUGUACAAGCUGCCCGAGGCCCAUGAGUUGCCGCUUUCGUCAAUUAGGGGCACUGAUAUCGGUAACAGCAACGAUCCCGAACUCCUCGGAGAGGCUGCACGUGAGCAGCUCGUGUUUAGCUACGUCUGGCGCGCGAAAGAUGUUGCGCAGCCGCUCUAUGGUUUACCUGAGAAGUCGACCAAUGUCCUCGAUGUUGCUCUUCAAACGUUACGUGCAAAUGGCUAUGAUACCGAAAAGGCGCUCCAAAACAUGUCGACACUCGAUAAAAAAGUUUUCAAGGAGCCUGACUUAACCCCGGCGGAGCUCAAGAGAUUCGAAGACGGAGUCGCGAAAUACGGCUCUGAGUGGCAUAGCAUCAAGAAGCAUGUUAAAACUGUGAAAGCAGCAGAUAUAGUCAGAUUCUAUUAUACAUGGAAGAAAACGGAUAGGGGAAAACAGGUAUGGCAAAAUUAUUCUGGCAGGAAAGGCAAGAAGGAGGCAAAGAGGGCCGAAGCAACCGCAGGGAAGUUGCAGGAUGACGUUGCUGAUGAAUACGACGACUCUGCCUUUGACAAUGACAAGGCCUUUCAGAAGAAAAGAGGAUUCCAGUGCAAGUUUUGUGAUACGAAGAGCUCACGGCAGUGGAGACGAGCUCCAAAUACAGCACCUGGUGCCAUGGCUGUCGAAAAUGCGGGUGCCAAAAUGGCCGGCAAGGACAAGGGGUCGCAAUUGAUGGUGGCUUUGUGCUGGAGGUGCGCCGAGCUAUGGCGCCGGUAUGCAAUCCAGUGGGAAGACAUUGAGGAGGUCGCCAAAAAGGUUGCUCAAGCUGGCGGCAAGGCUUGGAAGCGAAAAAUUGAUGAGGAGCUUCUCAAGGAACUCGCAGCCGCAAAUGAAAUCACCGAUGUCUCAGCAACUGCUACACCCUUGGGUCCGGCAUCAGGCGAUGGCACGCCAGCCCCGGCAUUACCAAGCACUAUUCCAGCUAUGGAGCCACCAAGAAAGAAAGCCAGGGGCAUGCAAGAGAAAGAAUCGGCCGAUGUAGCCCACGAAGGUGGGAGCGGUGCAUCAACACAGAAGAAAAAGGUAGCACAUGAGAAGCCGGCCGGUCCGCCACCUGUUCCUGAAUUGCCAAAACCGAAGCUGUUGCCUUGUGCAAUAUGUGGCGAAAUGGACCCCAUGGGUGACCAGCACCUCACAUGCAAAGAGUGCCGGUUGACAGUACACCGCAAUUGUUAUGGCGUUGUAGGCGAAAAUCGGAGCACAAAUAAAUGGACCUGCGAUAUGUGCUCGAAUGAUAAGAAUCCUCAGGUAUCAAUACAAUACAAAUGCAUGCUCUGCCCGGUGGAGGCCAGAGACCAUGAUUUUGUUGGGGCGCCUAAGGCCGUUAAUAAAAAGCAAAAGGAGAAAGAUCGCGAGCGAGAUCGUCUCGACCGCGAAAACGCUCAGAAGGUGGCCAAUCUCUUCCGCAAGAAGCAGGAAGAGCUCAACAAACCGGUCAAUCCUAGAGAGCCCUUAAAACGCACUGCAAACAAUAACUGGGUUCAUGUUACCUGCGCCAUCUUCACGCCGGAGGUCAAAUUUGGCAAUGCCAAGGCUCUAGAGCCUUCAGAAGGUAUCCCUUCCAUUCCUUCAGCUCGCUAUGACGAGACCUGCAAGGUAUGCAAGCAAAAAGGAGGUGCUUGUGUGGGCUGCCAUUCAUGUCGGGCAUCAGUGCAUGUUGAAUGUGCACACCAAGCAGGACACAUUCUCGGCUUUGACAUUGCACCAGUCAAAGGAUCUCGACGAGAUCAGUUCAACAUUGUAAACAUCAACGGCGAGAUUGGCACCAUGGCAGCUGCAAUCUGGUGCAAGGAGCAUGUGCCCACAAAGACAAUUGUUCACCGAAUGCAUGACAUUGUGGAUAAUUCGGGGCUUAAUGCACUGCAGCUAUAUGUCCAGAAUUUCAAGCAAGCUGACUUGACUUUAACUGGCACAGUACGCAAAGCAACCCUUGUUAACCAAUUCGCGAAAGUCAUUAAUCCAGUGGCUAUUGCUGCGCCAGCAAAUCGCAGGGCCUCUGCAACGACGGCUCUUCAGGGACAUUCUCUCAGCGAGAGCUCUUCGGGGUUAACCGCUGAUCAGAUCUGCGCCACUUGCGGGGUUGAUGUUAGUCCUAAAUGGUGGCCUUUUCCAGCCACCGCCGAAGCUUUUAUCCAACCUAAUGGAGACCAUCUUAAUCCUAACCGCUCGCCUCUAGUGGACGGCCAAACAACUAAUGACCCUUCCGGGGAAGAUGGCGGGGGCCAUGCAGCACUUGCGGCUGCUGCUUUGCACCAAAACACCCCCCGUCCCGAACCUAUCGAGGUUCAAUGCCAUAAAUGUCAUUGGAAAAAGAUUCAGAAAGAGCCAUCGCCUCCGCUGGAGGUUCAGCAACCAGAGUCACGCCAUCCCCCAACAGCACCAUCUACUAUCAACGCACUCCCACCAGAUGUCGACCACUCCCGCACGCUGCCUCAGUAUGCCUGGCCACCGCCCCCGUCGUACCCGUCUAAUACUCCUUACAAUGCAUGGUCCCAUCAUCCGACCUCAACGCAGGGUACGACGCUCGUUAAUCAAGUCAAUGGCGGUCAGUCACCACGAGUCACAACUGUAGCGCAACCGUUGACAGGCCAAACCUCGAUCCGGCAACCCCCUCCUGCAAUAUCGCAUUCGCCUCAUCAAAAUGGCCAUGUUGGGCAGGUUAGCAAUGGAUACCCCCCUUCACCACAUCGCAAUUUGGGACCUGCAUCCCUCCAUAUGCAGAAUGGUGCUUAUCCUUCCUAUGCUUCCACCUGCCCACCCCCCCAACACCUAACGAAUGGAGGCCCGCCACCGCAAGCUCCUGAGCAGCCGUUCUCGCACAAUGUUAUGUCGAUGCAUUCCCGCACACCAUUUGUGCCACCACAGACCAGCCCACCAAUACAUCGUGAGAACCACCCGCAGUCUCGUGACGCUGGCGUUCCCCAGCCUCCUAAUAUUCGGCAAGCUGACGGCCGAGUUAAUGGGGGGGCAAGUGCUAGCCCAUCCCUGCGGAAUCUACUCUCAUAA